AUGGAAGAUAAAAAGAAAUUAGCUUUAUUAAUUGUGAAUCAUUUGAAAAAUGAACUCCAUUCUGGAAACUUCUCUGAGGAAAACAUGGAAAGUUUGGAAGUAUCUGUCCAAUGUAUUGAAUCAGCAUACAGUUUGAAUGUAAAUGAAUCCGAUAAUGUGGACAUAAAACUAGAAGACAUCAUAAGAAAAUAUUUUCAAAGUGGAAAGCCUGUGCCUCCACUUGGAGCCUCAGGAUCUCAAUCUGGAGCCUCGACAUCUCAAUCUGGAGCCUCAACAUCUCAACAUAGAGCCUCUUCGUUUCAACCUGGAACCUCAGUGUCUCAACCUGGAACCUCAGCGUCUCAACCUGGAGCCUCAGCACCACCAUUUAGAGCCACAGCUCCCCCACUUGGAGCCUCAGCUGCCCCACUUGAAGCUGAGCAACAAGUAAGAAGGAUAAAAUAAAACAACUUUUAUAGUUCAUUAUAAAAUAAAUGUUAUUUGUUAUAUCUUUACUGAAUUAUCCUGCACAUUUUUAUUCAAUGUAAGACUAGACUAAACAUUAUAUAGACAUUUGUACCUAAAAUGGUGUAGAUAAUUUUAAUUUAUUAAUUUUCAUGCUUAUCAAUCCCAUAAUUUGAAUUUUAAUAUAAUGUGAGUACCUCAAUUUAUGCACAUAUAUGGUUUUAUGCAUUAAUGAUUUUAAAUGGUUAAUUAUAUUUGGGGUGAUCAAUCUAUCAUAAAACACUUAUUAUCUCAGAAAUUUUAAUGUUUUGAAGAACAUUUAAGAAACAAGCUGUUCUAAAAUUUAACAUUUACACUAUUUUUUGUCACUCUGAUUUUCAAAUUACAACCUAUAUUAAAAAUGCCAUAAAUAGGCGGAGUAGUAGUUAAAAUACAUUUUGGUAUUUAAAUUUUUAAUUUCUGUCAAUCCAUUAAAAUCAUUAGAGUAAAUACUAGAAAAUUGAAUAGAAGUUUCAUUAAAAGUUGCACAUUUGUGGUAGAAAUAAACAAUUUGGGCUCAGUAUUUUUUUUUUUUAUUUUAUAAAGGAAUUUUAAUAUUAAAUGUUGAUGAAAAUCAUUUGAGUAAAAAAUUAUGUAGAACAUAUCUAAUUUUUCAAUCUUUUAUUUUGAACAUAUGUAUGUUGCCAAUUUAAAAUGGAUGGUGAAGUUCAAAUUGAGCAGACUGACUUAGUUUUGAAAUUAUAGUUUUUUGAAGUUCUGAUAUUAUAUUAUGUUUUGUUAAAUAACUCAGUAUUAUCAAUUUUAUAGUAUGUCUGUUGUAGUUUUCCCAACUUCUUAGAUUCUCAUCUACAACAUUGGUCCAUGAUUGGUCAAAAUUAAAUUAUCAAUGACUACAUUUUAAAAUGUAUAGAACAAAGAAAACAACAUUUAUUCUUUUAUACAAUUUUAUUAAAACAGUUUAUUUCUUUACAAUAUCUAUUAAGUUACUAUUUAAUAUGUAGAAAUGUGGAAUUAUUUUUAAUAUAACAUUAUUUUAAUUUAUUUUUUUUUUUUUAGAGAGCUCAAGACUUUGUAAACUUGGCUAAUAAACUAACCAAAGAUGAAAAAGAAGCAGCUGAAUAUCAUAAAAACUGUGGAAAUGAAUUUAUGAAAAGUCAAAACAAUGAAAGGGCCAUUGAAUCUUACACUAAGUAUGACAAUAUAUUAUUAUUAUAUUCACAAAAUAAAAAUAAUCAAAUAUUAAUUUAUUAUUAAUAUUAUUAAAAUUUAACAUUUCAUUGUUUUUAUUUUAGAUCAAUCAAAUUGAAUCCUUACAAUCCAAUUUUUUAUUGCAAUAGAGCUGCUGCUUAUAAUGCUCUUGGUAAUUACACUAGUGCCAUUGCUGAUUGUGAGAAAGCAAUUGAACUUGACUCGACCUAUGGCAAAGCUUAUUGUCGUCUUGGGUAAUUUAACCUAAAUAUAAACAAUAAACAUAAAAAUUAAUUGUAUAUACUAAUUAUAAAUUCAGGAUUAUUUUAAUGGUAUUAGGUGGCACUUAUUUAUAUAAGGAAAAAAUUAUUUUUCAAAUGUUGAGGAGUACCUAUAGAUUAAACAUUUGUUCCAAUAUUUCUAAAAAAAGGGCUGUAAACUUUGAUUUCUAUUAAAAUUAAUUAGCAAUUUAAGCUUUAUGAAAAAUAUUAAAAUGUAAUGUUUUGGUGUAAUACUUAGAUUUUUAUUUUAAAAUUGUAUAGAAUCAUUUUUGUAGUUAUAAUAUACUGUAAAAUCAAGAAAUCAAUGUUCAUAUUUUAUUAAUUUAACUUAAUUUUUAGUCUUGAAAAUUCACAAUAAAUUAUGAAAAUUGAUGAAUAUAUUUAAAUUUUUUAUUCAAAGUUUUAACAUAAAAUUAUUAGUUUUAAUCUGAUUAGAGUUACAAAUAUAUUAGGAAAUGAUUACAACUCCUAAUUAAUAUUAAAAAUGUACUAGUUUUAUCUGAUAUCAAAAUAAACCAUGUAUUAAUUAUCAAGUCUUAGGUUAUCACAGCAAAUAAUUUAAUGAAUGGCAGUUAGAUAUAUAGACAGGAUUUUUCUUGAUUUCACUAGCAAUUGUUAACUUGUAAAAAUAUGAUAUUAAACAUGAAAAUAUGUAGUUAUCAAUUCUAAAAAUUAAAAAAAAAAGUUACCAAAAAAUGUCCAGUUAUAGUUUUUCUUUUUUUAAACAAAUUGAGCUUAAAUUGCUGUCUUAAUAUGUUUUAUUAAGCUUAAACUUUUUUCCAAACCAUAUUAUUAUGCAUUAGAACAUAUUUCUAUACACUAUUCAAAAUUAACAAAUUCAAAAAUAAGUUACAUCAAUAUCAUUAAAUAUAUAAAAAAAAGAAUUGUUAAUUACUAAUUAAAUAUUAAUAUUUAUAAUUUAUGUUAAAAUUAAAUUUAAUAAAUUGAUAACAUAAGGUUUAUUAAAAAUAUUUAACCUUUUAAUUUUAUUAUGCUAAGGUACAUUUUCAUUAUAUUUUAAAUACACACAAUUGGAGGGCUGGUUUCACAUUAAUUUGAAACCACUUGUUUCUAAUGGGACAGCAUAUAGUUUAUGUGAAAGAGCCAAUAAUAUGUGAAUAAGUUCUAUUUUCUUUAAAUGAUUUCAAUAUGAACUAUAUUCUUAUUUGUUAUAAAUUAACUUUUAGUUCUUUCUCCUUCAUUUGGAUAGAACAUAGUUAUAUUUAUUAUUAAUAUUUUAUCUAUACACUAAAGACAUAAAUUUGAAUUUGAAUUUUCUAAGUACAUAAAAAAAAUAUAAUUUGGUAAGUGCUAUUUAUGUAAAUUUGUUAAUUUUGUAUUUCCUAUGAAUAGAUAAAAAAUAGUAUGAAUCAGGAUUUGUAAUUAUAUGUUACUAUAUAGAGCUGAGUAUUAAGCAAGAAAUUGUUUAUACAAUCCUUUAUUUUAAACAAAUUGACAUUGGUCGCAGGUGGGUGGGCUAUUGUAGGUCUGAAGUUGAGAAGGUAGAUUGGAAAUUUAAUGUAUAUCUGUACACAAUGAUUAAGAAAGAUUGGAUUCUGAGUGGAGUUCAGUUGAUAGUGUGGCUGCUUUCUCAACAAUAUAUAUAUAUAUAUAUAUUUUAUUAUGGUAAAAUAAAUACAUAUGUAUUAAAUAUUUUCAUUAAUAAUAUUUGUUUGAUAUUGCACGUAUUUCUCCCCCUCCCGGGUUUUCUAUGUUUCCCAUUUAUUCGGAAAAACAAAAAAUGAUCUGCCUACAGUACUACCCCAGUCAGCUUUCCUUUCAGAAAAAGUGCUGUCAUUGUAAAUAUGAGUAAAAUUGCUGGUAGAAAAGUUGUUGACUGAUAAAAAAAAUAUAAAUUCUGAAACCAAUAUAUUUUUUGCUUUACUCAGAAUCUAAAAUGUACUUAUUUACUGGCCAGUGUUUAGUAUUUAUAUACUUGUGAAUGUACACUUGUGAUGAGUGCCUAUUGAUUAUUUUCUAUUUUGCUGUUGACAAUAUUACUAUAUUUAUUAUCAAAUUUUAAAAUUAUUCUGUUAUUAGUGUUAUAACAAUUAUGUCUGAUUUCAUAAUGCAUAUAUUUUAUUUUAUUGGUUGUAUAAUAGUAUAAUAUCAAUAUUACCAUAUUAAUAUUAUAUUAUUAUCAUAGCUUUUCAUUUUUUAUAUAUUAUUACAAAGUAGUGUAGAAGGAAUUUCUCUAAUAAAAAAAAUAUAAUUUGUUAGUUAAAUAUUACUUAUUAGUUAUUGGCUAUUGCCCAAUAGUUGAAAAUUGUUUAAUGGUUAUUUCAUGAACAUUAUUUUGUUGAAUAAAUAUUUAAAUUUUGGAACUUUACUAAUAACUGAAUGUUUUUAUCUGUACUUAAGUCAAAAUUUAUUUUAUACAUAUAUUAUGAAAUAAAUUUUUAAGCAUACUUAAACUCACUAUAAUUGGUAAACAAUAUCAUAUUCUAUACAUAAUUUAUUCUUAUUUAAAUUUGAUGAACUUGAACUAGUUAAAUAGUUAAAGAAAUUUUACAAUAUCAUUGUUUAAAACAUUUACUCUGGUACUGGCACUAAAUAUGUCAAUAGAUAAUAUUUAUUUAAAUGUAUUGAAAAAAUAUGUAUUUAUUGGUAUAAUACAAUGUCAUGGUUAAAUAUUUUAGUUUGUUUUAAUUUAAUAUCAUAGAUAUAAUAAAUUGUGGAUACAGACAAAAAUAUUAAUGUGUAUUUAUUUUAUUUUUAGCUUGGCUUUCUCUUACUUGAAAGAUUAUCAUAAAGCUGUUACAUGUUACAAAAAGGCAUGUGAUUUAGAUCCAGGAAAUAUUGGUUAUCAAAGGAACUAUCAACUUACUUUAAAUAAUUUACAAACAAAUCCUGGAUCAGGUGGGCCAGGUUCACAAAAUGGAGCUUCAAAUAUAAUGGAAACUGCAGCACGUUUGAUGAAUGAUGCUGAUGUUUCAUCAGUGUAUGUUAUAUUUUUAGUAAUCUAAUACAUAUUGCAUUGGAAACUUAAUAUAAAAUAAAAUAAAUAAUAUUAAAGUGUAAAUAUUUUUAUUACUAUAAUACUGACUAAUUAACAAUAUAUUUAGGCUAAACAACAUUUUGAGAGAUGAUGACCCAAACCACGGUGGGCUAAACAGACUUAUGCAAGUGUAAGUAUUAAAGUAUUAGUAAUUGAUGCUAACAAGUUAAUUUAAGAGAAUUAGAAAACCAAAUAUGAUUGUAAUAAUAAAUAAUGCUAUAACAGGGGUGGCCAACUUGCAGCUCCCAUCUUAUUUAUAAAAACCAAAAUUGUAGUUAUCUGGAUGCUGAGUUUUUAAAUUUAGAAUUUCUAAUGUGAGGUCACAUUUAAAUUUUAGAGUUGUACAAUAACAAGAAGUUUCCACUAAUUCUACAAUUUCUUGGUUGUUUUUUUUUUUUUUUUUUGAAAAAUUUUGGAGCUAUUAAAUUGUUGAUAAAUGAUAGUAAGUUUUAUUUAGUCAUCAAUUUGAUAUUAAGAGGACAUUGCUCAUAUAUUUGCUAAAACAUGUUUAUGCAAAUUACACAGAAAUUGUUUAAUUUUGGUUUUGAAAUAAAAAACCAUUUUAAUAAAAUCAAAAAAAAAUAUUGGGGAGGGCAGUAUUUGCAAUUUUCCAUUUUCUCUGAGUAUAAGUUUUGCCCUUCAGAAUAUUGUUCUCUAUUAAUUUCAUAAUAGGUGCUUUAUUCUAAAACCAAAACUAAGCAAAGUUCUAUGUAGCAUGUUUUUACUAUAUCUUGUGUUUGUAAGACACAAACAACAAAUGUAUGUGUAACAUCCUCUUAGGUGUCAGUAGUUAAGUAGUGAUACAAAAAUGAAUCAAGUAUAAAAUAUUUAUUUCUCAGCUCUUUAUUAUAAUUAUAUAUUUAUAUUCAAUACUUUUUAUUUAAUUUUAGAGGACAAACACUAGUCACUCGUCUACAAACAACCAAUCCCAACUUGUUAGAUGGAAUAAGAAUGCAUUUUGAAGCUGCUCAACAAGAACAGGAAUCGCCCCAAUCACCACCACCCCCAAAUAAUGGAUUUUCCAAUGAUGAAACUCGUCCUUAA